GUACACGUCGCAACAGCGCCACUUUCCGGCGCGUUGGCUGUGGCGGUUGCAGCCAUGUAUAAACAAGCAACGCAGAAGACGGGUGAGGUGCUGUCGCUGCCGCCAAGGUGGCUCGGCAUGUACUCUGACUUCAUCACAAAGAACAGCAGCGCCGUGACGCAGAUUGAGUCUGCGCUGCGCUCACUGACAUACAUCAUCCCUGGACGCUUCCGGGAAUCCGAAAUCGCCUCCGAAUCUCUCCACAGCGGCGUCCAGGUCCUCUCUCUCUACCAUGAUUCUCUCCUCGCCAAAGCCAUGGCACAGAUGCCCGGGACGCGCCGGCAUCCCGUCACCCCGCAUCAUCGAUACACCAAGUUCUGGACGCAAAACUCGCCCACGUACAAGCGCAUUGCGCUGGUCCUGCAGAUGAUCCAAUAUACCGAGCUGCUGUGGGAGAUGGCGGCCAAGAGAAAGGGCGAAAAGGUGCGAUGGCGCGUGGUGGUGUUGCUCGAGGUCGUAAAGGCAGUGUGCCGAUUGCUGCUGUUGCGAUUGACCAACUCCCGCCCUCUCUUGUCUCCCCCGCUUCCCCAACGAGAGGUCGACCCAAGCUCGCUGGAAGAUUCGUCGGCGUCGGCCGACGGAAUGGACACGCCGCCAAGCGAGCGCUCCGUCGAGGCUGAGAAUUGGACGAUGCCCAGGACUGGCCUGUCAAUGCCCAGCCUGCCCGACUCUUCAGAUAUCUCCAGCUACCUCCUCUCCAAGGUGCUCACGGCCGAUGAUAUCAAACCACCCAAAGCAUUGUUGCACCGAGUGAGCGGAAAGGGUGAGCUCGCUGAGGUACUGUACAUUUUGCGACCUGUUGCCUAUGCCUUGGCAAUGCAGCACUUUAGCGGCGACCGCAAGAGCUGGCGACCGUGGUUGAUUGGUGUGAGCAUCGAGUAUGGUGCCAGACAGCUAGCCAAGAAGGACUUUAAAGAGCGACUAGCCGGAGGCCUUCGCGGUCUGACUGGUUUGGAGAGGGAAGAGCUGCGGAAGCGAGGCUGGUCUCUGGGCUGGUGGGCCAUGCGUGGCGCGUUCUACGAGAACAUCACCAAGGCCUGGAUCCACUCGAUAACCGCAAAGCUCAAGGGCAAGCCUCUUCUCGACAUGGUCGGCGGCGUCAUCGAAGACUAUGAGUUCCUCUGGGACCAGUACUACUUCCCGACUGCUACUCUGUAAAUUUGUGUCGCUAUGUACUUUGCAUGUUAUGCGGUAAUGUUUGUCAUGGAGCUCCUGGUUUUAGGCAAUGGACGGCAAUGAAGCCCACUGCCCGUCUUUUCUUCGUCGUCUAAGGCCUUGUAUUGAGAUGUUGAGAUACUCCGAGGCCAUAGGGUGGUUUUUUCCCGAGUCUCCGCUUUCGUCUUGGGGAUUCGCAGUUUGUAUUAUACCUUCUUUGAUACCAAUGAUUUGAUAUUGCUGGCUUUCCAUGGUCCAAAUAGAGAUGCCGGUCUGCACAUGCGCCCGUAUGCUACUCUGGGCUGUGGCGAGUGAUUC